UGCCCUGCGCAUAUAUUUAUACAUCUUCUUCUUCCUCCUAGAGUCCAUAUCCACAGCACCACUCGCCACUCACCUCUCUCUCUCUCUCUUCCUCUCCUUUCUCUCUCAAAUGGGGUUGGCAGCAAGGAGAAGGUGCACCAUGGAAGUGGUGGCGCUGGUGCUGCUCAGGUUGGCACUCAUGGCAGCGGCGCAGCAGGUGCCGUGCUACUUCAUCUUUGGAGACUCGCUUGUAGACAAUGGCAACAACAACAACCUUGCUUCCCUAGCCAGGGCCGACUACCGGCCAUACGGCAUCGACUUCCCUCAAGGCCCCACCGGCCGCUUCUGCAACGGCCUGACCACCGUCGACGUCAUCGCUCAACUUCUCGGAUUCAAUGACCUCAUCCCUCCUUAUAUAAGUUCAAAUCCUCAGUCACUUUUGUCAGGAGCAAAUUUUGCGUCUGCUGCUGCCGGAAUCCGGGAAGAAACUGGAAGACAAUUGGGAGGAAGAAUCACCAUGAGUGGUCAGAUCCAGAACUAUCGUAGUGCCGUCUCUGCGAUCGUUAAUGUUCUUGGAGAUGAAGAUUCAGCAGCAAAUCAUCUGAGCCAAUGCAUCUUCACAAUAGGGAUGGGUGGUAAUGACUACCUCAACAACUACUUCAUGCCUCAAUUCUACUCAACUGGCAGUCAGUACACGCCGGAGGAUUACGCAGACAACUUGAUCGAGUCAUAUACACAGCACUUGACGACGCUGUACAACUACGGGGCGAGGAAGGUGGCGCUGAUCGGUGUGGGUCCGGUGGGCUGCAGCCCGAGCGAGUUGUCCCGGUACAGCGCGGACGGCGUCACCUGCGUGGAGCGAAUAAAUAGCGCGGUGCAGCUCUUCAAUAACCGCCUCAUCUCCGUGGUGGACCACUUCAACACCAACUUCGCCGGCGCCCACUUCAUCUACGUCAAUGCCUUCGGCAUCUUCGCCGACAUCCUCCGCAGCGCUCCCCAACACGGGUUCACUGUCUCGAAUACAGGAUGCUGCGGGGUAGGAAGGAAUAGAGGGCAGAUCACAUGCCUACCAUUUCAGAUGCCAUGCCCUAACAGAAAUGAGUUUCUCUACUGGGAUGCCUUUCACCCAAGUGAGGCUGCAAAUAUCCUCAUUGCGAGGAGGGCUUACAGUGCACAGGCACCUUCCGACUCACACCCAAUGGACAUUCGGCACCUCGCGGCUCUCUAAUGGCCGUCUGCUGCUGCUAAUUGAGAGAUCAAGUACCUUCUAGAUUAUUGUCUUGAGUUCAAUAUUUUUCAUUCAAUGUCUAUGGAGUCCAAAACUGUCUUCGGUGAAACACCAAGGAGUCCGAGUUUGUCAGUCAUUCAGCUUUAGUGUUCAAACUGAAUUUACCGUAGUUAUAUAUGUAGUAAGGUGGUUCUUUUCAGGGGAAAGGCAGUCUGUCUUUCUUUCUCCCUGUCAUUUUCUUGCUGCAAUGCCCAAGAUAGUUCUGGAACUGAACUCUUAUCAAGGGUGAAAGGCAGACCAAGUCCUCCUGUCCUUGUUUUUCUUUGAAAACUAUCUUGGUUAGAAGUGAAUUUACUAUCCCUUGAUAAUUGAGAUUUCAUGUUUAAUUGGCAGAUUUAGCAAA